AUAAUGAAAUUGUUGAAAGAUGAAUUGAAAACAAAGUUGUAAUAGAAGAGUAACUAAAUAAUAUAAACGGGCACCUUCAACUUACCCUUGCUUUGAAUUGAAAUUAGGUUUAGGUCAAACAUUUUGAGGACUAUUUUGAAGUAAUUCAUUACAAAUACUGUUUCCGUAUGAAACGUUACUAAUAUUUUCUAUUGAAAAUGUCAUUGGAACAAACGGCUUGUGAUGACUUGAAGGCUUUUGAACGUCGACUGACAGAGGUUAUAGCAUGUCUUCAACCAGCCACUAUGAGAUGGAGAAGUAAGUACAAGAUUUAUUUCCUAUGCUUAUAUGUAGAUAUUAUUUAUAAUAAUUUUAUCUUAUGUAGUAUUCAAGAAUAAAGGUCAAUUUUCAGCUAUAUGUGAAGUAGAUUGUUCGGCUUUUGCUGCAACCUUCAGCCUAAACUAAAGCCAAAGGUUGAAUUGUGCAAGUUGCAGAAAUUUCAACAGUGGUAGAGCCAAGCGGUAGCUUUUGCUGUCGCACGGAUGGGCCAGCUCGAACCGGGGUGGUACCACGACCUCACAGAAUACCAGCGUGAAGUAGAGAUUUACCUCUGUGUUGCGCUUGGUGAGUGCAGGUGGCCGGAGGCCCAGUUCCCCCCCCCCGCCCCCCAUCAACAUGGUAGUGGAAUUAAAUACAAGACUACCCCAGGAGGGUACCAGCACCCCUGGAGAAUCCCUCGCUGAGCAUCCACGAACAAACUACUUCACUCCUGAGCAUGGGUGCUCAGGCUGCCCCGCGUAUUCUGGGGGGGGGCAAAAUUCCGCUCGUGACUAAUGCUGCUCGGGGCAAGCGGAGCAAUACAACCAAGGCGACCCCUGUCACGCUAUCCGUGAAUUUUUGCAACAUCAGGGGACUUCAUUCCAACCUUAACGCUGUCCAUUACCAUUUAGAGACGGCGAAGCCGGCCUUGCUCUUUUUAACCGAGACUCAGGUGUCCUCUCCGGCUGAUACUUCAUAUCUCUCCUACCCGGGAUACAAAUUGGAACACUCCUUUGUGCCCCGGGCUGGAGUUUGUGUAUACGUCAGAGAGGACAUCUGUUUUCGACGCCUCGGCAGCCUUGAAGGUACGGACCUGUCCAUCCUAUGGCUGCGCGUAGACAGCGACGACCAUCCCCACGUCUACGGGUGCCUCUAUAGGUCCCAUAGCGGUAAUGCCGACACAGACCGACUCAUCGACCACGUCCAAAUGGCUGCAGACUCCAUGCUACAACAGGUCCCAUCCGCAGAGAUCGUGAUACUCGGUGAUUUCAACGCCCACCACGCUGAAUGGCUUGGUUCUCGUUUAACCGAUCAUGCGGGUAGAUCUGUGUACGACUUUGCUUUGGCAUAUGGUCUAACACAACUGGUUACUUCGCCUACGCGGAUCCCAGAUGUGGAAGACCAUGUACCUUCCCUGUUGGACCUUCUCCUGACCUCUCAUCCGGACGGAUAUCAGGUCUCCGUCGAUGCCCCUCUGGGCUCUUCGGACCAUUGUCUGAUCCGGAGCACGGUGCCACUCACGCUCCAAUCGCAGUUUCGAUCUACAGCUUGCCGCCGUGUUUGGCACUAUAGGUCAGCUGAUUGGGACGGGAUGCGGUCUUUUUUUGCAUCCUACCCUUGGGGGCUUGCUUCUCGCCGGAAGAUCCCAGCGUUGUUGCCGAUUCUGUUGCUGAUGUGGUACUUCAGGGUAUGGAACUUUUUAUUCCAUCCUCUGUGGUGCCCAUCGGAGGCAGAUCCCAGCCAUGGUUUGGUCGCUCCUGUAAAAUAGCAUCACGCUAUAAGCAGGAGUGCUACCGGGCCUGGGCUGACGCAUCAACGUCUCGGGAUUUAAACACCAGCGCACUUAAAAAGAAGUAUAAUUCCGCCUCCAGGUCCUUCAAAAGCGUCAUUGCCAAGUCAAGGUCUGAGCACAUCGGCAGAAUUGGCGAGAAGCUAGUUCGCCUUCCUUCGGGAACCCGUGCAUUCUGGUCUCUCGCCAAGGCUGUCCAAGGGAACUUCUGUCAGCCAUCCCUCCCAUCUCUGCACAGAGAGGACGACUCACUGGCCCAUGCCGCAAAAGAGAAAGCCGAUCUGUUGUGCUCUCUUUUUGCGUCUAACUCGACUCUAGAUGACGGGGGGAAUACACCGCCGACCAUCCCGCGAUGUGAGUGCUCCAUGCCGGAUGUGCGAUUUACACAGCGCUCGGUUCGCAAAGCACUCUUCUCCCUGGACGUCAGCAAGUCGAGUGGGCCCGAUGGAGUCCCUCCCAUUGUGCUGAAGACGUGUGUUCCGGAGUUGGCACCGGUUUUAACGCGUCUUUUCCGGUACUCCUACUCCCAAGGCGUAGUCCCGAAUUCAUGGAAGACAGCUUUGGUCCACCCGAUCCCUAAAAAAGGCGACCGCUCUGACCCGUCCAACUACAGGCCUAUCGACAUCACCUCCUUGUUCUCCAAAAUAAUGGAAUCCAUUAUAAACUGCCAGCUCAUGAGGUACCUUGAGGAUCACCAGCUGAUCAGUGACCGUCAGUACGGUUUUCGUCGGGGUCGAUCAGCAGGUGAUCUUCUAAUUUACUUAACUCAUAGAUGGGCGGAGGCAGUAGAGUCCAAGGGGGAGGCAUUGGCCGUUAGUUUGGACAUAGCGAAGGCCUUCGAUCGGGUCUGGCACAAGGCGCUUCUUUCGAAGCUUCCUUCCUAUGGGCUUCCCGAGAAAUUGUGCAAAUGGAUCACCAGUUUCCUUGCUGAUCGGAGCAUCAAGGUCGUAGUAGACGGUGCAUGCUCUGAUUACAAGCCUAUCAACGCUGGUGUUCCACAAGGCUGCGUGCUAUCACCAACGCUGUUUCUCCUGCAUAUCAAUGAUAUGUUGCUAACUGGUAGCAUUCAUUGCUAUGCAGACGACAGCACUGGGGAUGCCUUAUAUACCGGCCGUGCCAAUAUUUCUCGAGAAAACGUCGCCGAGUACCGAGACAAACUUGUGUCUGAAGUCGAGUCUUUGCUUAACAAAGUCUCGGAUUGGGGCCGACUAAAGUUUAGUCCAGUUCAAUCCCCAGAAGACACAAGUUUGCGCGUUUACCGCUAAAAAGAACCCCUUUGUCGUAUCUCCUCAGUUUCAAGGCACUCCCCUUGCUGCCUCAGCCAGUAUCAGAAUCCUUGGCGUCGACAUAUCGAAUAGCGUGCAGUUUCGUGGUCACUUGGAAGGGAAGGCCAAAUUGGCCUCUAAAAAGCUUGGCGUGCUCAGCAGAGCGAGACAGUAUUUCAUGCCGGCACAUCGCUUGCAACUUUACAAAGCGUAAGUUCGGCCCCACAUGGAAUACUGUUCUCAUCUCUGGGCCGGGGCACCCCAGUGCCAGCUCCUUCCACUUGACCGCAUCCAGCGCAGAGCGAUUCGAAUCGUUGACGACCGAGUUCUUUCCGAUCGGCUCGAUACACUGGCACUGCGUAGAGAUGUUGCAUCUCUUUGCGUAUUUUAUCGCAUCUAUCACGGGGAGUGCUCUGAGGAAUUGUUCGGACUAAUUCCAGCCGCUCAAUUUCACCAUCGCACGUCGCGACAAAACUCGCGUUACCAUCCGUACCAUUUGGAUGAUUGGCGGUCCACCACUGUGCGAUUUAGAAGAAGUUUUCUCCCUCGCACAACUUCUUUGUGGAAUCAAUUACCACCAGCGAAUUUUCCGAACCGAUACGACUUAGGAACCUUCAAAAAAAGAGCUUACACCUUUCUAAAAGGCCGGCAACGCAUCUACAAUUCCCCUGAUGUUGCGGUUGUUCAUGGGCGGCGGUAGUCACUUACCAUCAGGUGAGCCGCAUGCUCGUUUGCCCCCUAUUCUAUAAAAAAAGAAAAAAAAAUUCUUUUAGCACUAGCAUCAAGUAAAGUAGUCUAAAGUGAUGUUUAAAAAUUAAGUUAUAUUAUUUUUUUCUUUAUUUAAACUAAACUCUAUUAAAUUAACUAUUUAUUAACCAAAACAAUGGACUUCACUUAAACAUUAUGUCAAAGUUAAAGCUUUUAUACUUUGUGAGUGAAUAGUGACUUGGUGCAAUUCCUUUCAUUUAUGAGAGCAAUUAGUUUGUCACUCUUCUUGUACACUACAAUAUUAGAUGAUAAUAAAAAAUUACAGUAAUUAAUCAGUUGUUAUUAGGUAAAAUAACCGGCCAAGUGCGAGUCGGACUCACGCAUGAAGGGUUCCAUACCAUCGUAAUACAAGUUUCUGAUAGGGGAGCAGCUCCCUUCAAUUUUUAAUUUAUUUUUAUUAUUUGUUAUAGCACUGCAGCAACAGAAAUACGCAUUCUGUAAAAAUUUCAACUGUCUACCUAUUACGGAUCAUUGAGAUACAUCCCAAUGACAGAGAGACGAAUAGACGUAGGCUUAGUAAUAGGGUCCUGUUGGUUACUCUUCGAGUACGGAACUCUAAAAAAUAUGUAUGGUACUUUUUACAUAUUAUAUGAGGGUGUGAAUGAUGUUCCAGUUAACAAAUAUAGACAAUAACUAUAUAUUAGUUGUUCAAAUAAUAGCUCAUUACCUUAUUCAUCCCAUGUAUUAUAAAUCAAAUCCUAGUUGUAGAGUUGUUCCACUUGUACAAUACAAAGUAAAUAUUUUGAUUUUAUGUAAUUACCCAACUGCUCCAGAAGGAGGGUAAUCUUUUUCGAAUGUAUGUAUGUCCGUACCCUAAACAGCUUGAUGGAUUUAAACAUAGCGGUGUCAUUAGAUUCGUCUUAGUCGUGGAAGUGACAUAGGGUAUAAAUUUUUUCUGUUUUCACUAAACUUUUUUACUCAGUCGGGUUUGUUUGUUUUAUCCUUUAGGCAUUUUAAUGUAUUAUAUUUUCUCUUUGUCUAAUUUUAAUAUUUGAUUUUCCAGUCCUUUUGGCAGUUGUAUCUGUGUGUACUGCAAUAGCGGCAUGGCAUUGGUUGACUGAUCCACUUACACCAGUGGUUUCCCUUACACAGUCACUUUGGAAUCACCCAUUCUUCGCAUUUACCUCAACAUUUUUAGUUGUAUUAUUUAUGAUGGGAGUGCAUAGGAAGGUUAUAGCGCCCAGUAUAAUUACGGCACGCACUCGCUCUGUUCUAAAUGACUUUAAUAUGUCUUGUGACGAGACGGGCAAGUUAAUAUUGAAACCAAGGCCGGCGAACAAUUAAGAUUUACUUAUUCUAUUUAUUAUCCAUUCUAGACAUUUGUAAUUUGUAAAUAUUAUAUAAGUAUUAAAUGCUGUGUUAAUUUGUAGAAAAUAAAACGAAGAUACU